UUCUUUCUCCCACUUUGCUUUCUAUCAUAACACCAUGUCUCAAGAACACCCCAUCAUCAUUAUUAACUCACCCAAAAUUAAUACUCACUCUAAUUUCCCAAUCCAUCUUCACUUCAUUGACAUCACUUACAAAAUCAAGGUUCACAAUAGUAACAACAAAAACAAUAAUGCUUCUAUAUUCAAGUCCUUAUUUAAUGGAUCCAUUAUGGACAAAUUAGAUAAUGACCAAGGCGCCAUGGUUCAUCAAGAACGAACCAUCUUGAAUGGGAUCACUGGCAUGGUGCACCCUGGUGAACUUCUAGCCAUUCUUGGUCCAUCCGGAAGUGGCAAAUCAACUCUUCUCAACGCUCUAGGAGGUAGACUCCCGGGACAUUAUUUCAGUGGAACCGUACAUGCAAAUGGACGAAAACUAACGAAAAAUGUUUUAAAACGAACCGGGUUCGUGACUCAAGAUGAUGUUUUGUACCCGUACUUGACAGUGCGGGAAACAUUAAUAUUCUGCGCCCUCUUACGUCUCCCAAAGAGUUUAUCUCGUCAGGAGAAGACAGAGGUCGCAGAUUCAGUUAUUAAUGAGCUAGGAUUGUCUAAAUGUGGGGACACAAUAAUAGGGAAUACUUUUAUACGUGGAGUGUCAGGUGGGGAGAGAAAACGUGUGAGUAUAGCACAUGAGAUGUUGGUGAAUCCUAGCUUAUUGAUAUUAGAUGAGCCGACGUCAGGUUUAGACUCGACGGCGGCUCAUAGGCUAGUGUCUACCCUUUCUGGUCUUGCGCACCAGAAAGGGAAGACGGUCGUGACUUCAGUUCACCAGCCAUCUAGCAGAGUAUUUCAAAUGUUCGAUUCGGUGCUUGUUUUGUCGGAAGGAAGAUGCAUUUAUUUUGGUAAAGCUUCGGAGGCAAUGAGGUAUUUUGAGUCGGUGGAUUUCCGGCCAACUUUUCCGAUGAAUCCUGCUGAUUUCUUGCUUGAUCUUGCAAAUGGUGUGUGGCAACACGACGGUGUAACUGACAAAGAAAGACCGAAUGUAAAACAGACUUUGACAUCUUCGUACAAUGAUUUGCUAGCGUCUAAAGUAAAAGACGCGUGUUUGGAUACAAAAGACAGAGGUCUUAUGCCUGUCACGAGCCGAGAGCCAAAGGAGUACAGAACAAAAUGUGUAAAUGGUGUCAACACGUGGUUUAACCAGUUUAGCGUUCUUAUCCAAAGAAGCCUCAAGGAAAGAAAACACGAAACCUUCAAUCCACUUCGGGUUUUCCAAGUACUUGCAGCAUCAUUGUUAGCUGGUUUCAUGUGGUGGCAUUCGGAUUUUCGGGAUAUCCAAGAUAGACUUGGUCUUUUAUUCUUCAUUUCAAUCUUUUGGGGCGUGUUCCCAUCGUUCAAUGCAGUGUUUGCAUUUCCUCAAGAUCGAGCCGUUUUCACUAAAGAAAGAGCUUCUGGAAUGUACUCACUCUCUGCAUAUUUUAUGGCUAGAAUCGUCGGAGAUGCACCUAUGGAACUCAUUCUGCCUACCUUUUUUAUGUCAAUUACCUACUGGAUGUGUGGGCUAAAACCCGACAUUGGUGCAUUUAUCUUAACCUUGUUGAUCUUGCUGUCAUACGUGCUUGUGUCCCAAGGACUCGGGUUUGCUGUUGGGGCGAUUAUAAUGGACGCUAAACAAGCCUCAACGGUAGUGACUGUGACAAUGCUUGCAUUCGUUUUAACAGGAGGGUAUUAUGUACAUAAAGUGCCCCUUUUCAUGGCUUGGAUGAAGUACGCUUCUUCAACGUUUUACAGCUACAGGUUAUUGAUCCGAGUACAAUAUGGACAAGGACGAGAUAUAUGGUAUUUGUUGGGUUGCUUUCAAUACGGUGAUAACCAUGCGAGUUGUAAGUUCAUUGAAGACGAUAUUGAAGGUCAAAUAUCAACUACUUCAUGCAUAUGUAUUUUGCUCAUUAUGUUCUUCGGGUAUAGAUUAUUGGCUUACCUUGCUCUCCGACGAAUAAAGGCUUAACUCUCAGAAGCCAGUAACCGUGUUCAAUUCCAUCACUGCACGGGCGGUAUUAGUGUAACAGUAGGACGAAACGCACACGUGAUGUUGCGAUUAACGCAUUCAAGGAAAGCUUACUUGAAUAAUGUAAAGAAUCUCAUAUAUGUUUCACUUUCUUUCUUUGAUAAUGGUAGAAAGAAAUGAAUUCUUUUUUUUU